CCCGGCUGCUUCUAAUACUUCAUCGUUUGUUCCGUAACAUUUUGUCAGUCUCACUCCCCGUCGCUUUCUCGAUCUGACCUUUAAUCUCUCAGCUAUGGCCAAGAUCAAGUACGUCAAGGCGAGGCAGAUCUUCGACAGCCGUGGGAAUCCCACCGUCGAGACUGAUGUCACACUGGAUGAUGGUACUUUUGCUAGAGCUGCCGUUCCUAGCGGUGCAUCCACUGGAAUUUACGAGGCCCUUGAACUUAGAGAUGGCGGGUCUGAGUACCUUGGAAAGGGUGUUUCCAAGGCUGUUGAGAAUGUCAACACAAUUAUCGGUCCCGCCCUGGUUGGAAAGGACCCAACUGAGCAGACUGCUAUUGAUAAUUUCAUGGUUCAACAACUCGAUGGAACCCAGAAUGAGUGGGGUUGGUGCAAACAAAAGCUUGGAGCAAAUGCCAUACUUGCCGUGUCUCUCGCAGUCUGCAAAGCUGGGGCUGCUGUUAACAAGAUUCCCCUUUACAAGCACAUUGCCAACCUUGCCGGUAACAAGAAGUUGGUGUUGCCUGUUCCUGCCUUCAACGUCAUUAAUGGUGGAUCACAUGCAGGAAACAAGCUUGCUAUGCAGGAAUUCAUGAUCCUUCCUGUUGGAGCUUCCUCUUUCAAGGAGGCCAUGAAAAUGGGUGUGGAAGUAUACCACCAUUUGAAGGCUGUGAUCAAGAAGAAAUAUGGCCAGGAUGCCACCAAUGUCGGUGAUGAAGGUGGCUUUGCUCCCAACAUUCAGGAGAACAAGGAAGGUCUAGAGCUGCUCAAGACAGCCAUUGCGAAAGCUGGUUACACUGGAAAAGUUGUUAUUGGGAUGGACGUUGCUGCAUCUGAAUUCUACAAGGAGGAUCAGACAUAUGAUUUGAACUUCAAGGAGGAGAACAAUGAUGGGUCUCAGAAGAUCUCUGGAGAUGCUCUCAAGAAUGUCUACAAGUCCUUUGUAACCGAGUAUCCCAUCGUCUCAAUUGAAGACCCCUUUGACCAAGAUGACUGGGAACACUAUGCCAAGCUGACUGCUGAAAUUGGUCAGGAAGUCCAAAUUGUUGGAGAUGAUCUGUUGGUCACCAAUCCGAAGAGAGUUGAGAAGGCCAUCAACGAGAAAACAUGCAAUGCCCUUCUUCUCAAGGUCAAUCAAAUUGGGUCUGUUACUGAGAGCAUUGAAGCUGUAAAGAUGUCCAAGCGAGCUGGGUGGGGUGUGAUGGCCAGUCACCGCAGUGGAGAGACAGAAGACACAUUUAUUGCCGACCUCUCUGUUGGUUUGGCCACGGGUCAAAUCAAGACUGGAGCUCCAUGCAGAUCGGAGCGUCUUGCCAAGUAUAACCAGCUUCUGAGAAUCGAGGAGGAGCUGGGAGCAGAAGCAGUGUAUGCUGGAGCAAACUUCCGCAUACCUGUCGAACCUUACUAGAGGAUGAACUCAAGGUAGUGGAGGCUGAGUUGAAGCACCAGGCGAGGCGAUGAUUGUUGCUGCUGUUAUCUAAUUAUUACAAACACCCCUGAGUGAUCAGUUUUAAGCCAAUAACCCUUUUCUAUCGUUUUAAUAAUUUUGAUACUCAAGGGACCACAUUGAGGUUUGAACCUGUAGUGGUCGAGGAACAAUCUUGACGGAUAAAUCGAAUAUGGUUUCUUUCUUGGCAUGUCUGAGCCCUUAAGCUGGUGAUGGUGACUGAUUUAGAGUGGACCUGACUAUGGCAAGGUCUUCCAGGCUGGCUCCGGUCUAUAAUCUCGUUGAACGUUCAAAUUUCAUCGUGAUCUGCUUCGGAUGCACUUGUAACUUUUAAAUUCCGGACCGAUCACCUAUAUCAUAUUCAUUUGUUUUUUGGCCAA